AUGUCAUUCCUUCUUAGUCCCCUGCUAGCUAUCACUGCAUCUCAAGCAUCACCAGUCAAAGCACCACCAAAAGCAUAUCAACCUCCAGGCAGACAACCAGAAUCAAAUCCAGGCCCAGCAACACCCUUACAAGGGAUGCCUAAAAAUGAACAAUCAUCCCCUAAAACUGUUGAUGUGCCAAACAGAUAUAAUGGUAAACCAGAUCAAACAUUUGAUGAUAUUUUUGCAAACAUUGAUAACAAGAAGCAAGCUUUCGGUAACAAUUGAUCAAUUGGUCAAGUCAUCUUGUAUGUUUUAUAAAAUUGAUUAAUGCUGUACUGGAGGAAUAAAGUCGUUAGCGUGUUUUGUUUAAUGAAAAUUAAAGUUUGCUUGCAUUUAAUGGGAAACGAUG